AUGACGCCUCUCGCGGCGCUCCUGGGAUCGCCGCAAACCGCGGGGAUCGCGCUCUCGGGCCCCGACGCGUCGCCUCCCCCCAUGCUGCUCCCUUCCCCGCCCGUUUCCCCCGUCGGAAACAGCUACGCGGGGGACGGGGAAGCCUCCGCGUUUCCCCCCGCCGACUCUGCCACCUCCGCGGGGGCGGGAAGAAGGGUUCCCCGCCGCGCGGGGUCGUGGCGGGUUUCUGAGAGCGCGGGGCGGGCGGACGGGGUGGGCGGAAGCGGAGGGGACUCCCCGCACGGGGUGGCGGAAGGGGAAGCGGGGGAAGCGGGAGGGGCGGGGGAGGGGGGGUGUUUCUACGAGUCGGUGCGCGUGCCGCGUGACGUGGUGCGCGUGUGGCAGGACUGCUGGCGUGGCGCGUGGCAGGCUGACGUGGAGAUCCGAUCCGCCGUGGAUGGCGGCCUGGUGCUCGCGCAGGGCGCCGUGCUGGCGGCCCACUCGCAGGGCCUGGAGCGCAUGCUGGCAGGAGCCAUGCUGCAGCAGGCGCGCCCCCCGUGGGUGAUAGUGCUGAGGGGGGUCCCAGUGGAGGCCAUAAGAGGCGUCGUGCAGGCACUAUACUGUGGCACCAUGGACGAUGGGUUGAUGGAUCGGCACAUUUUCCACCUCCUCCUCCUCGCGCACUCCCUCCCCAUUCCCCUGCUCAAGUCCCUCUGCCUCGAGGCCCUGCGCUCCCGCCUCCUCUCCCCCGCCAACGCCGUCGACACGCUUGUCCUCGCGCGAUUGGUCGGCUCGCGCGCGCUGCAGGCGCUGACUCAGCAGUACAUCGUGCGGCACCACGCUGACGUGGCGCUGACAGACGCGUGGGCCAUGCUGAGUCAGGAGUACCCGGACGUUAAAGGGAUGCUUGUGGGGAUGGUGGAAGCGAGGAAGAAACGCGAUACCAGCUUGCAAGGGGAGGAGGCAUGGGCGAGGCAGCAGGUGCAGCAGGCAGUGAGAGCUUUGGAGCAUAUCUGCAACGACGGCAGCUGUGCCUCCUCCACCUCCACCUCUGCUUCUGCUCCCGUUCCUCAAUGCCUCUUGCCCCGUUUCAUCCCUCUCCCGUUCCCCGCCGCUGCUUUCCUUCCCAUGGCAGCGCGACACUGGCUUGCAAGGGGAGGAGGCGUGGGCGAGGCAGCAGGUGCAGCAGGCAAGGAAGGGGGAGGAGGUGGAGGAAUGGCGGUAGCAGCGGAAGGUGCGGAAGGGGAGGAAGCAGAGGGGCGAAAUCUCGAUAGCUCUGCUGCUGCGGCUAUGGCAGAGACUACAGAAUCUCAAAGUCAAGCAGGUCAAACGGAUCGAUCAGGUCAAUCAAGUCAACCAGGCCAAUCGGGACCGCACACUCUCUCCCCUGCUACCACCCUCGCGCCUACCCUCUCCUCCCUUUCCUCCGCCUCCCACUACCUCGGCGGCAGCGGCACUCUCUCUACCUUCUCCUCCUCUUCCUCCUCCCUCCUCUCUGUGCGCCCCAUGUCCCCCCCAACACCCGCCACACCCGCCGCCCCCCCCACCCCCUGCGGACUCCCCAAGUGCCGCCCGGUCGAGGUGCUGAUUCGGCACUUUGCUAAGUGCGGUGUGAAGGUGUCGGGAGGGUGCGGGAGCUGCAAGGUGGUGUGGCAGCUGUUGGAGCAGCACUCGAGCGCGUGUGAGAAGCACAAGGGAUGCCGUGUCCCUCUGUGCAGGCAAUUCAAGAGCAAGCAGCAGCAGGAGCAGGGCAGUGGGGGGCCUGCUGCAGGCAAGGAGAAGCUGAGUGCAGCAGAGCAUGCAGAGCAAGUCACAGCACUGGCCAAGGCUCUCUUGGCUUUAGAAAAUGCCGAGUCAUUCUAA